UAAACCUGACUAGAGGGUGUGUGUGAGCAGGUAUCCAUGCAGGGGUCUUGUAGAUCCCAUUUUUAUUAAUUUCGAAAGUGUUUUACCUUUUUCUUUACUUUAAAUUUCGUUCUAUUAAAAAACUUGUGACGUCCAAUUUGAUAUUUAUUGUUCACUCUAUCCAAUUAUAUGUAUAUAUACACUUCAGCUGAAGCCGAAUACAAUUUCCUGAGGAAGAGUCUCCAGUCGGGGACAUUACGAUUACAACUUUUUAUGGGACGAAAUUUAUCAAAUUAAUGAAAUCUCGGCCGUAUAAAAAGAGAAAAUUUUAUAAAAAAAACUAAAAACGAGAAUCAGUAUUUUCCGACACAAAUUUUUAGCUUUCCUUUUUUUUCUAUUUAAAUUAUUAAAAAAAAACGAAAUGAAUAUAUCACAUUUUAUAGGUUAGAAUAAACGAACUACUGGAAGUAGUUUGAAUAACCUGAUAAUAUUCUCUUAUCAUCAAACCAAAAAGAAGAAGAUUUGUGGUUAUGAAUUUUGAAUUAGUUGUUUAUUUUUUCGGAUGGACUUUAUCAGUUAUAUAUUCAGUUUACUGUUUUUCAUUUAACUCUUUUCAAUAUUUCAUUUAUUAUGAAGACAUUUACAAUGAUUUUACAGAUGAUUUAUCAUUUUUACCAAAAAGAGAUAAAUCUGAUUUAGAAUGGGAACUAAUCGUGUUUAUGAUGAAACAAUAUUUUUUAUGGAUUGCGGUUUAUUUAAUAUUUUCAUACUUUAUUAAGAAACGGAUAAAACAUCUACAGGUGCUACAAUUAUGGCAAAUUCUUUUUACGACUACUUACAUAUUAAUAAAAUGGAAUUAUGUGUUUUUAUUUUUAAUAUUACUACAGCCAAUGGUAUUUCAUAUUUGUAGCCAUUUUAAAUAUAGAAUUUAUUCAGUGUGGAUCACCUCUGGAUUCUUCUUAAUAUUUUUAAAUUAUUUUAAAUCAACAGUCACCGGUGAUUCGAUAGUAUUUCAUUUACUCAACGUUGAAGAUUUCGAAUUGUAUAUUCUCAUUUCCUCUCUUUUUUGGAUCAAUUUAAGAUGCAUAAGUUUUUAUUUAGAAACUGAUCAAAAUUAUAAUUUACUUGACGUUUUAUCAUACUGUCUUUAUCCCCCAACAGUAUUAACAGGUCCUUUUAUUUUAUAUAAUGAAUAUCAAGCUAAUUAUUAUUUCAAAGAAGUUUAUUUGGUAAAAUUUAAGCAAUUUUGUAAGAAUAUCUGCAGGACCAUAAUUUGGUAUAUUUUUUGUCACAUCUGCCUUCAUUUCGUAUAUGUAAGUGCUACAGGUUUUCAUCCUCAGAUGAUUAAACGAUUCAAUAGCUGGUCUUUAUAUGGUUAUGGGUAUGCGAUGGGUCAGUUUUUUCACUUGAAAUACGUUGUUUUAUACGGCAUGAGUACAAGUUUUGCAUCUUUUGAAGAUAUUAAAGUUCCUUGUUUACCUAGAUGUAUCGGUAGAAUACAUUUGUACUCUGAAAUGUGGAAGUUCUUUGAUCCUGGAUUAUACAACUUUCUUAUAAAAAAUAUUUAUCUACCGUUGACUAAUAUAACUACAAGUAAACCGAUACGAAGUUUUAUUUGUUUCUCUUUUGUGUAUGUAUGGCACGGUCUUGAUAUUCACAUACUAAUAUGGGCGUUACUAAAUUAUUCUGGAUUAAUGAUUGAGGAUUUUUUAUGGCCUAAAAAAGUAAACGAAAAGAUAAUUGUAUAUAAACAAUCUUGGAAACGUAGAAAAGAUUGUUUUAUUGCUGCGUUUUUAUUGGGAUUAUCUGCUAUUUCGAAUUUUUACUUUUUCGCUGGUGCAGAUGUAGGGCAUUUGUUUUUUGAACGAAUAUUUUCAGAUUAUUAUGGGAACGUAAUAUUAAUUGUGGCUCUUUAUUGUUGCUGCCAAAUUUCUUAUGAAUUGAAAUUCCUUCCAGCUAAUAAAAUGUAGAAUAUAUUUAAAUAUACUUUGAAAUGGAUGAAUAAAUAAACAACUUAUAUAUUAUAAAACGUUUUUCUAUACUUUAUAUAAAAUCUUCUAUAAUUUUGUAGUAAGUCAAAUUUUAAAUGAAAUUCUCUGUAUAUAGAAAUGUGAAAAGUUUCCCCACAGAAUAAAAGGUUUCCAAAUAGCAAUAAACAAUAUUUAUAUAAUUAGCGAAUACCAAAACAGGGCUCAAAAAAUAUACAUAAAUAAACAGAUGGAAAGUUAAUUUUUACCUGCUUUUGAAACUAAUUUUUUAUCAAUAGAAAUCUAAAUGACUAACUAUUUUAUACCAAAAAAAAGGUCUAAGAAGUAAAAAGUUGAGAGAAAACAUAUUUCCAGUGAAUUUCAUUGUUUGUUAUUAAUUUUAAAAAGUAAUUAAUUGUCUUAUAAAAAUUUUCAUUUCUGUAAAAACUAAUUGUAAUAUUUGAAAAAACAAUAAAAGUACCUUGAAAACA